CCAGAUGGCGUGCUUUAUGGUGCCAAGGAUGGAAGGUUUUACAAAAGAGCUCCACCAACAUGCAGUGACGACAAUUGGCAAGGAAGCGCCACAGUGAUUGGGAGAGCUGGAUGGUCGGCCUUCCAAUUCCUUUUCUUUGACCCACAAGGAACCUUGUACGGCGUGCUAAACGGCAAGUUGUAUAAGCGAAGUCCACCCGUGUCUGGUGACGACAUCUGGAUACAAUCGUCCGCGAUGAUUGGUAAGGAGGGAUGGGAUAAAUUUACCCAUCUUUUCUUCAUGCCUAAUUGUGAAUUAUAUGGCGUGAAAGAUGACAAGCUUUACAAGAGUUCACCUCCUUCUGACAGCAGUGUGAUUUGGAUUCAGGAUGCGACCUGUAUUGGCGAUGGUGGGUGGUCUCCAUUUAAGUUUCUCAUAUCUCCUCUGCACCGCAAAUGAAGUACAGCAGCAUACUUUCUCUGGUGCCAAUAAAGGGAUGCUGCCGAAAUAACCGAUUGCACAACUUAAGAAAAGUUUAAAUCUAAAAUGGUGUCAUAACAUUUAAACGUUUUUAGGAGCUGGUAAUCAAUAAAGGGACAAGUCACGAACAGUAUGUUUGAGCUACAUGUACGUACCGUAAACGUUCUAAUUAGCUUCCUGCUUUAAGUAAGCACCCUCCUUUAGUCUAAUACAUAUUAUUAAAAACUGAAUCAUUGGAUAAUGCAAUUCUAGCAUUUUGAUUGGCUUAGGCGUUAUGGUAUAUGAGCUAUUAGUAUACACACUCGGUGAUCUUGGUGAUUUAAGCAAUCUGAUUGGUUCGCUAUUUCGGACUAUUCAACAAUAUUCACCUCCUAGCGAGUGGAUAAUGUGUGAGCUCGGUGUUUUUCCCGUUUUUUUUAGAGAACGAUCUUUUAAAAGUCGACAAAAUCCUAGGGCUGACUUUUUUUAAGGCAAGAAAAGACUUGGAAGGAUUCAAUACGGCGUUUUUCAAUUUACUGUAGCAGGAGUUUUGUGCUCGAUGGAUUGUUUACAACUCCCGUGUAUUCGCGUAGAAGAAGCCGUUUCGUGAACUCAGCGUUUUCUAAGAAGAAAAUUUUGGCUCAAAAAUCGAAGUUUAUUUAUGACAAACAAAUUUAAAAGGAAAUGUUUGCAGAAAUUCUACAUUUCAAGUAUACAGGAAAAAGAAUGAUACAGGAAGACGACCUCUUACCUCGAGCAACCGAGCCGCCAUUUUUGUCAGCACUUCAUGCGAAGAACGACACAACAUGCCCUUUUGGCUAUAAACUUGGCGAGUCAACAGAAAACAACACAGCUCUACUUUUUUUCUCAGGUAAGGAAACAGUUCAAACUUUUAGCGAUUCCAUUGAAGCCAUUACGCUGUUGUUUGCGAAAUGAGUAAACUUGUGAAUUGCCAUGUUUGAAAAUUCUGCAAAGAUCUAUUUUUAAACUUACGCGUGAUUUGAUCUGUCAAUCAAAUCCUACUUUUGAAUGGUUUCCUUUCUGAUUUUGUUGAGAUCACUUCGUGUGUAUAUACUAAAACAAUUAUUCUUCUCAAUCUCGGUGAAUAGUGGCUUUGGGAAUAUUUACCUCGCCGCUUUCGCGGCUCGGUAAAUAUUUUGCCACUAUUCACCUCGAUUUCAAAGAAUAAUUGUUAAAUAUACCAUGUUCUCCAUAUAUGGUCGGUGUACGCGUCAGUUUAAAAUUGGAAGCUAGCUGAGAUUUUUUUUCGCGAAGGAUAGAACGGCGCCCGCAAGCAAAUCGUUUUAAUUCAUUUCUUAGAAUACUAGAAAUGCAAUUUCAGCGAAAGAAAAAAGACAAAAACAAACAAAAAAGCCACCAGAGCUUGUUUGAAAGUUUGUCGAAAAACACAUGAAAACACAUGGAACUAAAGUACCUUGACCAGCUACGAAAGAAGACAAGUGUUGUUUCUUCAUGAUCGCGAAGCCAUUCGCCGAUCGAGUCACUCGCCGAUAGAUAACUGCAGCUUGUUUAUCCGACAUCAAGAAUAUAAAUCACAAGUAACCAGCUACAAAUACAGGCUAUGCAACCAUUCACUAGAGCAAUCGAGGCGGCAGUAUAGCUUCUUUUCUCGUUCAGCAAAACCAGCGUGUGGCUUCAAACAACUUCAUAACAAGCGACCGAGGUAAUACCGGUAGUUUUUCUCCGUUGUUCUUACUUUUACAACUGCACCGAAAAUCCAAAUUCAUAGUAAAUUCGACGGCUGUCACUUAAAAAUUCCUUUCCUUCACAUUAUCUGCCAGGUUUUUUAAGCUGUUCUGCUUUGUAAAAUCCUAGAAUCACGAUGAGUUUUUAAAAAACUAAUGUUCAUCGCUACAAUGUUUUGAUUUUUCAUUCAUGCAGUCUAGGCGAGUCCGUUCGCGCGUUGACAGUUUUGAUAGACGUGUGACAUGUGAAUAGCGGAAGUCCCUUGUCUUUUCCGGUUUGUUCUAGUUGGGGCGAUUCAACGAGAUUUUGUGGGCGUUUUUAAUAAAACAAUUAUUCCACUCGGGCUUGUUGGAUAUGAAAUGAUUAUAGCCAACUCGGCGCUAUGCGCCUCGUUGGCUAUCUAUCAUCUCAUAUCCAACGCGCCCUCGUGGAAUAAUUGUUAAUUAUGUAGAAGAAAAUGGUGGACAAGAGAAACUACGCUGAUGUAUUAAUUGGCCGGUAGAUACCCCAGUCUCCAAGUAAAUUAAAUUUUGCGGUAUCCAUAAUAUUUUUGUUUGCCGCAGCUUAUGUCCACUGCCUUAGAUUUCUACCGGGUCAACUGACUCCAAAAAAACACACACACAAGCAAAACUUUAAAACUAAUUAUUAGAAGAGCGGGAUCGCCUUCUCGCCUAGAUUCAAGCCUUUUGAAGAGAGAUGAGAUCGGAGGAGAGAGCUAAAAACAGAUGGGCAUUUGGGCAUGGUUUCAUCAGAGAACAAUCGGCUGGGCAUGGCUCAGUGACCCCCCUAAAGGAGAUCAUACUCCAACACCAUAUAACAGCAUUUGUGUAAAUUUUUAUUUACGCACAACCCUGAGCGAGACCUUUAUGAGUAAAAAUGUUAGCUUUUCGUCGUAACCACCCUAAUUAAGACCAAAAUCUGCAAUUAUUCCCAAGUGAGACGACGAGCAUUUCCGUCAUAUUGAUAUGGGAGUCCCACCCAACACCACCCCCUCCCCCCACCCCGCCCCCAUCUUCAACCGGACGGCCAAAACGGCGGCUUCGAAAUAGCUUCAUAAGCGAACAUACAGUAAAAUACACAAAUCAGACACAAGGUUAGUCAUUUUUGUUUCGAUGCUUUUCAAAAGGCAAAAUUUAAGACAUGUUUUUAUGUAUUCAUUUAUUUCCAAACAAUCUCUCAAGACCUCUCUCAAGUUUAAACGAAUCUAGUCGAGCCUGGGAUUAAUGUGCCACAGUUUAUGCACCCAUGCAUUCAACAUACCGCUUGUGAUUUUUUAAACCACGAAGAAUGUUCCAACUCAGGAAAAUUUGAUUAUCAUGGCACGUUUGAUACUCCGGCUGUAUAAAGAUGCAGGGCGAACAACACCUACGAUUAUGAAAAGGUGAAAUCGUUUUUUUGGUUAAGAGGUAAGGAAAAUCUGUUAAAUGAAAAAAAAUGCAUCAAUAUGUCAAUGUUUGUUUGAAUAAUCUUGAACGAUUUGCUCCCCAAAAUAAGCAUUCUUUGUUCAAGCAAACAAAGCUGAUUCUGGUUGUGAGUUGUAGUCAUCCAUUUCCUUCCUUUAAAGACUAAUGACUCUUUCCAGUAUGUUCUGUUAAAGAACGUGAAAUAAUAUUAACGUACUUUUAUUGUAUGAAGUUAUGACUUCCCGUGCGUGCCCUGCAUCAGUAUUUAUUGUAUGAAGUUAUGACUCCCCGUGCGUGCCCUGCGUCAGUAUGGGAAGUCAUAACUUCAUACAAUAAUAGUAUGUUAAUCGUAUUUCACGUUCUUUAACAGAACAUACUGGAAAGAGUCAUUUCAAGGACCUAAAAUGUUAGCAGUGACUUAAGAAUCACUUACUUUGUUAGUAAGAGAAUCUGACAAGUGUAGUUGCAGCAAGCAGCUUGGUAAUCUUAAAUGAACGGAAAAUGGCUCGUUUUCCAACAUAAUUUGAUACUGAUGCACGGCACGCCGGGGAAGUCAUAACUUCACACAAUAAAAGUAUGUUAAUCGCAUUUCACGCUCUUUAACACAACAUACUGGAAGAGUCAUUUCAAGGUCCAAGAGCCAUAAUAUGGAUCUUGCAAGGACCUAAAAAGUUAGCAGUGACUUGAGAAUCACCUACUUUGUUAGUAAGAGAAUCUGACUGGUGUAGUUGCAGCAAGCAGCUUUGUAGACUUAAAUCAACAGAAAAUAGCUCAUUUUACAACAUAAAAUGUGCUUGACUGACGUCAUUUAGCAAAAACUAAUUAGGUGGACUGAUUUCGGUCAUCAAUGUCCUUCCUGUGCAGAAUAAUCUUGAACGACUUACUCCGCAAAAUAGUCAUUGUUUGUUCAAGCAAACAAAGCUGAUUACGAUUGUGAGCCGCAGUCCUUCAUUCAUUUCUUUCUGAAGUCUACCGACUCUUUCCAGUAUGUUCUGUUAACGUGCGGUUAGUUUACGAAGUUAUGACUUCCUGGGCUUGCUCUGUUUCACUAUGUAUUGCGCUAUCCUCCUCACUGACUAUUAUAUCAUCUACGACGUCUACGACUAGAAGCCGCUUGCUGCAACUAUACUUGUCACAUUCUCACUUACUAACUGAGAAGUCGCUUCUAUACGUAAGUACUCAGAAAGAAGAGCUUCGUCAAAAUGAAUGGUUAUUUAUAGAUGUAGAUCUUAAUCUCAUUUGGUUGUCCACUAACAAAUGUCUACUCAGUUAUUGUGUAUGAAUUUAAAAAUUGGGCAGAAUUUGUUUAAAUUUGCUGACUAACUGUUAGUAACUGUUCGACUUCAUGUGUUCCACUGUAAAUCUUUGUCAUAUUGUAAACUGAGAAUUAUUUUUUGCCACAAGAUAAAAAUAUCAUGUUUCAAGAUUAUUUCCUUUCGUUUCUAGCGGCAUGUCUUACGAGAAACUUUUCGGCGUAAAGGAUGGCAAAUUCUACGUUAGAAGCCCUCCUACUUUUGCCAAGGAUGACUAGCUUUCGUCUGCCACGGAAAUUGGAUCAGGAGGUUGGGGAGCCUUCAGUCAUCUGUUCUUCCACCCAGACGGUACCUUAUAUGGUGUUAUGAACGGCAAGUUCUACAAAGGGCCACCUCCUUCAUGUUCAUCUGACAACUGGAUCGCUAAUGCCACGCUUAUUGGUAAAGGGGGAUGGGAUUCGUUUAAGUUUCUUUUCUUUGAUCCAGAUGGCGUGCUUUAUGGUGCCAAGGACGGAAUGUUUUACAAAAGAGCUCCACCAACAUGCAGUGACGACAAUUGGCAAGGAAGCGCCACAGUGAUUGGGAGAGCUGGAUGGUCGGCCUUCCAAUUCCUCUUCUUUGACCCACAAGGAACCUUGUACGGAGUGAAAGAUGGCAAGUUUUAUAAGCGGAGUCCACCCGUGUCUGGUAACGACAGCUGGAUAGGAUCGUCCGCGGUGAUUGGUAAUGGGGGAUGGGGUAACUUUACCCAUCUCUUCUUCAUGUCUAGUGGUAAGUUAUAUGGCGUGAAUGAUGGCAAGUUUUACAAGGGUCCACCCCCUUCUGACGGCCGUGUGAAUUGGAUUCAAGAUUCGACCCGUAUUGGCGAUGGUGGGUGGUCUCCGUUUAAGUUUCUCAUAUCUCCUCUGCACCGCGAAUGA